AUGGGAGUCCACCUAGAUCCAGCAUAUGCCAAGCGAGUUAAUGGCAUUUAUACUUUUCGAGCACAAGGACAGAUCUACCAUUUUAUUGAUAGUCUCUAUCCUUCGGGACAAAUGCCAUCAUAUCUACAACUAUAUUUUUAUGACACACAAAAGGAAGCUGAACUCAGGAGAGGUGAUAAAGACAAAUUGGAGCCACACAUUAUUUCCACCUUGAUUGAUGUCUUACAAGGAAAUCCAUAUUCCCAGUUUUUCCGUAGUCUUACUCAUCUACCAAAUAUGAAUCAAUGCCAAAUCAUAUUAAAAGCUGAUCCUAAAGUACAAGACUACACUGCUUUACCACCAACAGUGCCACAAGUUGCUGCCAUUUGGGUAGAAAAUGAAGAUGCCCCAGAACUACAAGAACGUGAUAUAGUUGUUCAGAAGCAUGAUGGUCAUAGUCAGACAAUUAGCUAUUAUUAUGGUUGUUACGAUUCUCUUCAAUAUCCACUCUUGUUCCCAUUCGGCGAGCCAGGAUGGCAUCAGGGAAUCAAGAAAAUUAAGCCAUCAAGUACUUCACAGAUUUGUUUGGGCCAAGGUAAAGUCUUGCCACAAUACUCAUCAACAGCAGAGGAAUUAAUUGCAAAUGAAGCAGCAGUGCGACAGGAAAAUGAACGCAAAGGCAACAUGGUUUCAGCGUGAGAGUUCUACGCGUACAGAUUGCAGAUCAGAAGAAAUACUAACUCAAUACUAUUAGAAUCUGCACGUCUGCUGCAACAGUUUGCAGUUGAUAUGUAUGUUAAGAUUGAAACUUCGAGGUUAGACUACUUCAAAAACAGAUAAGAAGAGAUCCGAGCAGAUUUAUACCAAGGAAUUGUUGAUAGCAUCGCACAUGGUGAAUCCGAUCCUGCUAAGAUUGGGAAACGAAUUGUUCUCCCAGGCACUUUUAUAAGAGGACCAAGGGAUAUGCGAAAGCGAUAUUUAAAUGCCAUGACGUUGGUAGAGAGAUAUGGCAAACCUGAUCUCUUUCUCACAAUGACAUGUAAUCCAAAUUGGCAAGAGAUCAAGGACGAAAUGAAACCACAUGAAGAAGCCCAAAAUAGACCAGAUUUGGUAUCUAGAGUGUUCAGAAGUAAACUCGAGCAUUUACAGAAAGAAAUAGUUAAAAAUCAACUCUUUGGUCUGGUAGCAGCAUAUACAUUUGUCGUUGAAUUUCAGAAGAGAGGU